UGUGUGUGUGUGUGAGGGAGGGAAGGAGAGGAUGAACGCCAGCCCAGUCAUUCCUCUUAAAAAUGGCGUCUUGGUAACAAAAUGAGAGGAAUAUGUUGAGAGUGGGGAGCAGCAGCAGCAGCAGCAGCAGCGGUGAUCACUGAGGACGGCCGUGCGGGAGAACACGGAGCAUCUGUUGUACAGCCCCGCAGCUUAACGCACGAGACAAUAGACAGUGAAAUAUAUGGGGAGCGGAGAGGAGGGAGGAGGUGCUCCUGGCUGCUGUGACCCCCUCCCCUCCUCCUCCUCCUCCUCCCCCUCCUCCUCCUCUCCUCCCUCCAUUCCUCCCAGUCUACAGGCUCGUCAGGCGCAGAAAUAAACAGGAGCGAGCGCAGAGAAGAGAAGACGUUCCUCCCUCCCCUCCCCCUCCUCGCUAUCUGUCCAUCUUCAUCCAGCCCUUUCUUUCAUGGAGAGGAAUUAUCCCGCUGCAGGGUUCGGAGACCUGGGGGCUGGGACGGGAUGGACGUACGACAGAUCGGCCAAAGCAAGGUAAGACUCGGUGUGCAGGAGCUCCCUAACAAUGCCUCAGAUCUGCCUCUGCAUUCAGCCGGGGCUGCACGGGGGCUGCACGGACACCGGGCUCAGGUACAGCCAGCCGUAUUGUCAUCCAGGGGGAGGGGAGUGGAGGGGAGGGGGGCUGUCUCCAAAAUGCACGGAAUGCGAUGGAAGGUUAAGAGUGAUUGUGAGACAGAGCAAGAGGAGAGGAGGGGAGGAGGGGGGGAUGGGUUAGUGAAAGCACAGUGUGUUUUAUUAAAAAAAAAAGAAAAUGUCAGAUCACAUGUAUGAUCUGGAUCUGCAUUGUCUCGCUGCAGCUUUGUCUGCUCCGGACUUCACACAGGAUGACAGCAGCUCCUGAUUGGUACUCUGCUAAUUGGCUGGAGCCUCAAAUCAAAGCCGAGUGAUGCACACACACGCACAUACACACGCACAAACACACACACACAGCUGUGGACCAACACUGCUAUACACACAUAUAGAAAUACAUAUACAUAAUAUCAGGGAGAUGUUUAAGAUUACUCUGGAUUUUCUAGGUUGAUAAUAUGAAUUCACUCUGCUCAGUUUAUGUGUGUAAAUCUGAUGACAUCCUGCCAUAUUAUUGGUAAACACUACUUUACAAUCAUGUCACGUGACUGGCAGCUAAUUUAAGUGUGUAACUUUACUUCCCCCCGCUGAGUUAACAGCAGUAAUUACUCUUUCUUUUCUAGUCCAGGCAGGUUACGGUAGUAUUUACCUGCGUGUCCGUGAACGCCGCAGCAGCCUCCAUCAGAACCUCCGUUAGCAUCCCUGUCAGACUAGCCUCAGCUAACGGGCUAAUUAUCGUCUCGCACCGUUCGCGCUGCCUCUGUGUUUAGUGUUAACGCGCUCAUAACACCACUGUGCGUGAGUGUGAGUGUGUCCGAGCUGUCUCUGUGUCAAACACGACACAACCAACAUGUCUGUGCUGUGUGCUGGAAUGAAACGAGGCCUCCAGACGUUCACGCUAAAAGCUAACUGGCUAACCCGUUAGCUUUGCUGUACGUUAGCGGUCGCCUUGACAACCACAUCAGUCUUCCGCCAGACUCCACAGACCUCCGUGUACCCAAACUCCUCCGACAUAAGAAACACUAAUCAGGAUAAUAAAGAGAAAUAAAAUCCACAAACAUACGAGGAUUAUUUUAUUUCUUCAUGCUAACCGAGCUGUGCGGAUUAUUCGUGUCUUUACACCAGCAAUUAUCUUUUUUCCGCAUCACGCCGUAUGAAUCACAAAAUAUAACAAAAUACUAUUGUGUCUCACCCAGAUUAACGUUAAACCUUAUCACAUUUAUAAUUAGCAGACCGAUCAGCACCAUAAAAUUAAGUACAAAAACGGGCCAAAUCAGAACAAAAGCAAACGAAUUCAAUCCUGUUGGUUUGUGAAGAUUAUUUUGGUGAUUAAUGAUAAUACACAGCUGCAGUGAUUAUAUUUGAUUGUGAUAAUGAGAAAAAUUCAUACAAAAAAUGCAGCUAAAAUUACAGAAAUACACUAAGAGCUUGAAAAAGAGAAAUCACAAUCACAAACAGAUUACGAUCAGGUUUUAACACUGUUUAAAAUGUAAAUAAAACAGAAUUUGAUGGUUUGCAAAUCACUUCAAGUUAAAUGGAAAUGCUGCAAAGAAAACACAUCAGAGCUGAAGGCCUUUCCAGCUAAGCCAGCAGGUCUUUCUUCUCUUUAGAGGGAGGACACUGUGUCCAUGAAUUCCAAAAAGAUGUCAGAUUUUGAUUUACCAGAUUACCACUUCACCUCAGUCCAGCAUAAAUAGUUUCAAGCCCAGAGAAAGACAAGUACAGUCCUACAAUGACUUGGACGUGUUUUUAAACCCAUGCAGUGACCUCCACUAUAGACUCAUGUCUGGAUGUUUGAAGAUCUCAGCCAUCCAGUAUCAGUUAUCAGCCCCGUUCCUUCAGUAGCCUACAGAGAUUUUUCCAGAUUCUCUGAAUUUUGUGAUAUAAUAAAGUAGAUGAUCCAUUCUUUGUGUUUUUUAUGCAGAGAAACAUUAUCAUAUAAUCACUAUCUGCCCACACAGUCUCUCACAACAUCGUCUCGUCUGUAUUUCCGACAGUCUGGAUGCUCUUUUAAAACCCAAUCAUGUUACUAACCUGUUGUAUAUUGACCUGUUUAGUGAGGAGAUGAUGGGUUUUUUUUGGGCACUAUAUAUUUUCUUUUUAUUAAACUUGCCUGUUUUUCAUGUGCCUCUGACAUCAAAUUAAAUUAAUUUAAAUCUAAUAAGAUUUUUCCAUUUUAACAUUUUUGAUAUGUUGUCUCUGUGCCUUUUUAAUCAAAUAUAGUGUUUAAAUGAUUUACAAAUCCAUUUCUUAGUCAACGUAAACAAAAUGUUCCAGUUAUUCCUUUUGAAAUUAAAAGUGAAUAUGACAGUUAUCUGAAAAAAUGAAAACAGGUUGCAUAACAUAAGGACUGCCUGUGAUAUUUUUCACAUUGGUUGAUUGAAACAUCCAGCCCUAAGCUUUCCUGUUGAGCUUUAGGGGAUCUUUUAUGCUUCUUUUCAGUCAGUAUUUAUGAGUGGAGCUUACAUGCAACUGUUGACCAUACAAACAGUAUAUGGUAUAUCUAUAAUCUCCUGUUAUCUGUUGGAGUAGGUGGAUGUUGUGUGAUGUUUCCUGUUGUCUCUGCCUCUAUAAGAGAAGAGUUGAGCUGCAGGAGAUGACACACUGAAUGCUGCCUGCAGCAGGAAAUGAAUGGAUGAGGCUGACAGAGCCGUAGUAGGACUGAAGAUCAGAGGAAAGAGAGUGAGAGAAGCUGAACGACAAGAGAGUGACAUGAAUGAGAGAAGGAAAGUUAAACUGUAUGUUAGGAACAAACAUAACAUAGAUAAAUGAAGAAUAUUGUUAUUAGGUAACUGGUUAUAAUAACAAAGCUUUUGUAGGAACAUGCAGAGGUAGGUGUAUUGGUCAGGUGAUCUCAGUAACUGAUGUAAGACUUUACUGAAGCGUGUAACAGGUGAUAACAUCCCUGCAGGAGCCGUUAAAUAGGAGAGUAAAGUUUUAUUUGAGAGGUUUAAUGUUACGGAAUAAAACAAGCUAUAUCAAGUUAUUUCCCAUUAAUGUUUGAAGACAGUCUUUACUGGUUCAGGACCAACAUGAGGGACAUUGAUUUCUGGAAAGCAAGGUGAGGAAACCGUAGGAAAGCAGAAAAGUUUUGGAAAAUAUUAGCUACCAGUUAUUUAGUACUGUCAUAGUUCUUGUAGAAAUAUAAAAAUGUAAUAAAUUCUGUUAUUUUGAAAGAAACCUUCAUGUACUCUGGGUUUUUGCAGCAGCAAAUACUGAACAUAAGAGAAAUGCCUACCGGUUAGAGUAGCUGCAAGUCUAAAAUUACAUCUGAACACUGCUAGUUAAUUUUAGUUUUUAAUUACUGAAGAAAGAAUGCUCUGAAAUAGUAAGAAAAGUCAAUUUAGCCGAUGUAACCUAAUAUGAAUCCUACAGAAAUGGUUCUUAUGAGUAGCAGUGGAGUGCUGCUGUAGCGACGUUCAUCACCGACUUGCAAAUGACUUGUUUUUUUCACAUGAAUUUGUAAAGCCCUAACCAUAAAUCAAAUAUAUAUUUGUGGUAUGAAGGUACGCAGAGGGAGGAGAUUGUCGUUUUUAUGACUCUGUUUCAAGGAUAAACUUAGAAUAAAUGUAACAGCCAUAAAAUUCAUAUUCAUAUCAAUAGAAAGUAAAUGUUGCAUAGCUUUUUGCACUGCUAUAUCCCAACGCUGGUUCCAAGACCUGGUUUAAGUUGGUAGUGGAAUAUUUUUGCUUAAAUAGCACUAUAAUAUUUUAACAACAAUGCACUCUCAUACAAAAAUCAUUUAAAAAACAGCAUACUACAUGUAUUUUAGAGUAAAAGAAAAAUCUCCUUCAGGAAAUCCAGAAAACAUAUUUUUAUUUUACUUAAAGCUCUCAUUUUAAACACAUAUGGAGGUAUUUUAUUGCAUUUAUGAUAUUAGAUUAACAGCAGCCGAUGUGAGUUAUCUCGUACAAUUAUCUGCCACCAGAAACUAAUAGAAAGUGCCAGCCAAUCAGAGUCAGUUAUUUUCAAUCAGAAUCUUUUUUUUAAGUGCUGAAGAUGCUGUUUUCUUUAUUUAAUUUUUAUAAAGCGUAGAAAAAUGUUUGUUUUUGUAGUUUUCUUUGUGUCUUUCUUCUUGACAGCUCCAUGGUGCUCCUGGUCAGAAACGCUGACUUGAUGUAUUGAUGUUUUCUACAAUUUGUUGUAUUCGGUCCUUUUACAAGAGCGCUUCAAUUCUUCAAAAACGUCCAUCUGGCUUCUCAUAUUGUGAACUCCCUGUGAUAAUCACACUGUCAGAUUUAUUUUGAUUGUCUGAACGAACAACAAGUUCUUGUUUGACAUAUUCACAGAUCUCUGAGUGUGAUCCUCAGACGGCAGACCGUGGAAAUAAUUUGUUGGGUGAAAAUCGUAGGAGAAUACCGUUUAAGUUUCUCACAUAUAGAAUUUAUCAUCUAAAGACAAGCGAUGAAUGUGGUGUAAGGCUGAACACACACUCCCUGAUGGAGAAGCUUCUACUCCUGUAAGUCUCAGCCUGCAGAGCGUCUACACCCAAGCUCCCUCAGACUGUCACAAAUCUGAACAAUUAAACCAAAUUAUUUCAAAGGAAAUAUCUGCAAAAUGCAUAAACCAUCAAACAGUCUUACUACAACGUUUAUGCCUCAAUAUUUCUGCAGUAAUGUAGUUUCAGACAAGCAACCAGGAGGAAAUCUUUACAGCUGCUGCAUUGGGUCUUAUUAACAACAACAAUAAUGAUGAGAUAAAUAAAAUAAAAUCAUAAAAACAAAAUUAAUAGGCAGGCUGUUAUAGUGUUAUAUAAAAGAUAUAUUUGAAGGUGUAUGUCUUGGAGGGGGGUAACCAAGGUUUUUUUAAGCAGUCAGUGGAUUCAGCUAAUCUAAUUGCAGGGAGAGUGAAUUCCAGAGUCCAGGGAACCGCAAAUAUGCCGUCCUAUUUAUUCUGAAAGGUUGGUCUAACCAGGAGGUGAAGGUCACAUGACCAACAAGGUCAUGCUGUGGUUAAAAGCUCCGAAAUACAAGCUGUGGCUAAAACAUAUAAUGCUUUGAAAGUAAUUAAAAGUUUUUGUAAUCAUCUCUAAAUUCAAUUGGCAGCCGGUGUAGUGAAGCUACAAUUGGUGUAAUGUUGGAUUUGCAUUGGUUGGAGUUAAUAGGAUUGCUGCUACAUUUUGCACAAGUUGAAGAUAUGUGUGAGCAGAAAAAAAAGUGAACAGUAAAUUAUAUUCGCUGCACAGAGGCUGUGUAAUUGAAUUAUUUCACAGUCUAAUCUUAUUUUGCAUUUUCUAUUUAUAAAUUGCUAAAGUUACAGAGGAUGUCAGUGAACAGAGAUGCUUACAACUGGAUUUCAAUUCUAUAGAAGUACGAAGCUAUGAGUCCAUCAAAGUUUUAAAUAUUAAAAUGGAGAUGAUUUGGGAGCUGUGGUUGUAGUUUGAAUACUGUGAAGAGCGUUGUCAUCAGGGUGAGGGCCUCUGCAGAAGUCUUAACGUACCUCUCUGUGUUCCUCAGCCUCAUGUAUGGAAGCACCAGGUCGUCCCACCCAGACUCAGAGCUGCUCCACCGGCAGGCGUAUGGCACCCCACAUCCCCUCCAGGGCUAUGCAACCAAUCACCAUCCAGGAAGCAGUAGACAGGGCGGAGCCUGGGGCACACCUGGGCGCACGCUGGGUAAGAUUCACUCGAUGAGAGCUUUGAUUUGAGAUGAUUAUGUAUAUUGAAAAUCCAGGCGUGAGAUUAUUGUAAAACAGCACAAUUUUGACUCUUCAUCACCUGCAGAUAAAAUUAUGAUCAUAGUACUAAUAUUAUUGAAAUCUGCGCAGUCAUGAUGAUCCAAAAGAUUUCAAUAUUACUGUCUGGAUGUCCUAAAGAGGCAGAAUGAAAGAGCAUGGUGACAUAAAUUUAAGGCUGAAGUAUGUAUUAGAUGAAGUCUGUGUUUUGUCGCCAGGCCUGUCGGGGCUGUUUGAUGCCAGCCUCCACCAUGCCAGCCCCUCGGGUCCUGACCCCUCCGUCAUGAAUCUGAUUUCAGCCCUGGAGUCCCGAGGUCCACAGCCCCCACCCUCUGCUUCUUCCCUUCUCUCGCAGUUUCGCACUCCCUCUUGGCAGACUGGUAAGUGUCAGCCUGUUAGCGCAAUGCUACUGCUAAAACAGAAACAAAACAAGCCCCAUUAGCAUGAUUUUAUACUUUUAGUUUUUAAAUGGCUGACAAUUUGGAUUGAUUUCAUUUGAAAAAUAUCCAGAAACUUAUUUUGUUAGUCUAACACUAUGAAAAAUGGUAAAAUGUUAAAUUUUUCCUUGACUUACACUGACCAACACUGUCUGUGUAAUGUUGUGUCCCAUAGCAAUGCACACUCCGGGCCCGGCGGAGCUCUUUAUAUCAGGAGCACUUCCGGGUUCCAGCUCCUUCCCCUCCUCCUCAGCCCUUUCUGCAUACCAGCAUCCUGGUUCCUUCUCUGGACGGUCUUUCACCCCUUCACUAUCCCUGCAGGACACGCCCACAUUUAGCCCCACCUCCAAUGGUUUACUUUCCCCCCAUGACCCUCUGCUGCACAUCAAAACACCCUCUCAGCCCAGCUUGGGCUUUGACCGUUUGCUGUCCGCUCAGAGCUCCGCUUACCGAGGCUCUCAGGAGCCCACUGCCCCGACCCAAGCUCCUCCCACCUCCACUAGUUGCCAUCUGCCCCCUCCUCAGUUCAAUCUGCUGUCAUCCCAGCUUCACAACCAGUCCCAGCUCUAUAAUGCCUCAAUGUUUUCCUCCACACCAGCCUUGACACCCACAGCUCCACCUUCAAGCCAGCCUCCCCCAGAGAGGGCAGUUUCCCGGCAGGACAGCGUGAUAAAGCAUUACCAGCGAACAUCCCCAGCCCAGUCCACAACACUUCCCCUACAGCAAUAUGUCAGCUGUGGUGGGCCAACGGGCUACCAGCAGAUAGCAAGCCACCACCGGCAUCCUGGAUUGUCCUGCAGUCCCCUCGGGGAGCAAAGCCCAUCCUCUGACCCUAAGCCCUCACCACGGAUGGAGCCCAAAGCAUAUCGACCUAUUAUCCAAACUCCCUACACAUCCUCAUCCUCCAGCUCCACAGCCUCCUCUUCAGCUGGUACGAAAGGAUCCAAGUGUUCCAGCUCCAGUAGUGGCUACUCCUCUUCUGGGUCAGCGUCAUCCUCUUCCCGAACCCCUCACACUCCACCAUCAGCCUCCUCAGCAUCCUCUUCAUCCUCCUCUAGCUCCAAGACAAGCUCUGGCUCAAUGUCUGCUCCCUCUCGCCAACAGCCUCCACCUCAGCCAGCACCGACUCGUGCCCCUCUACAAGUGGUGUCAUCCAAUCUUGCUCAACAGCCAGCCCCCGAACAAUGCCUCUCUUCUUACGGCUCUCCGUCAGUGGCCAAAUCUAACCUACCAGACCACACCUCUCCACAGCAACACACCCAGUCCUGCUCGCCAAACCAGCCUCCACCUGCACACAUGGCGCAGUCAUAUGGAGGUUUCAGCUCACCUCAUGCCCAGGACUUGAGCAGUGGAGCAGGGGCCAAUACAGGGAAGAGCUUCUCUGGUAUUGGCUCAGGGGGGCGCUCAUUUUCAGCAGAGAUAGUCUUUGGGGACUCAAGCUAUAGUUCAAGAAGAGCUGGUAGUCCCCCCUUAGGUUACGGAAAUGCAGGAGGAUCAACCGUAAGCGGACCCAUUUCAGGUCUUGGAAGUGGAGUUGGAUCAUCAGGACUGGGGAGUGGGGCUUCAAGUAGUGGUACUGGAGGCAGCAGCUCUUAUCACCUGCCUGAGUCAAGUCCCUCACCCUCUAUUGGUUCCAAUAUCAGUCGCCCUGGAUUGCAUUCCCCUGCUUCUGCUCGCCCUGCACAGUCCCCUGGGGGCUCAGGGGCCAACAAAUACUUUCCCUCCAUUCUCUCCCCUGCUUUCAUGUCCUCACCUCAAGGAUUCCCUGAUACAAGGCAAACACAGAGCCAGUCCUACCACUCAACACCACCCAAGUCUAAAACAGAGGCCAACAUGCUUGGAGUUGAACGACCCCAGGAUGCAGAAGAAGAUGAGGAUGAUUUCCUUAUCAAUCACUUACUACACACCCAGAGCACAGCUUCCCAUUCAACACAGCAUCACCAGCCUCCUCAGCAGCUACCCCAACCCCUUUCACAGACUAGGGAUGGAGAAGGAAAGGGUUUGGCCUACGAUAUGAACAAGAUCUCAGAGGAACGCUACCACCUUCAUAGUGUUAUUCGCACCAAUAAUGCCAACAGUAGUUCAGGUCCUGCAAUUGGUGAUUCAACAAGUGGCUUGAACAGUCAUUUGGAAAUAUCAAAGAAAAAUCAGCAGAAGUCAGAGUUAACCAUAUCAAAGUCUACGGCUGGAGGGCUUGGAGGAGUCACCGACUCUUUCUCUCAUUCCCAUCAACAACAGCAUGACUCCCUGGGCUCUGUGGUCCACUAUGAAAGAGGGGACCCCUACACGCAACUCCCGCACUCCCAACAUUCCCAUCACAGCUCACAUCUGUCCUCACACUCUCAGCACUCCCAAAUCUCCCGGCACUCUCAGUCUGCUCAACACACGCAGCUCCCUCAACAUUCCCAACACAGCCUCCCCCAUUCCCACUCACAUAGCCACCCCCAUAUAGACCUGAAGAAGCCCUCAGAUGCAAAUGACAACACCUACUUGUGUAACACACCUGAUGUGCAACAGGCUUCUCAAAGCCGGGUCCCUUUGUCCCUGAUGGAUUCACCACCAGAUCCUACCCAGCAAGCUCACAUGCUGCAUUCUGUCCUUUCCCAUACCACCCGCCCCAAAAUGGACCCUCAGCUACCCCAUCCACAACAGCAGCAACAGCAGCAACAACAGCAGCUCUCUUUGAGUCAGCAGGCCAUGAUGGGUUCAGCAGGAGGAGCAGGGCCUGGUGGAGUGGAUUCCAACCCACAGAGCCAGUCCUCACAGUUGCAACUCCAGCUCCACUCCCAGGGCUUAGAUACACACUACAGCCUUGGAGCCCAGCAAAGGGACCAAACCCGUCCAAGUCAAAACUCGGUGUCCCCGUUAGACUUGCUUGAGCAAUCUAUUAACCGGGCAAACAGCAGAGACAGUGGAGGAACUCUCGACAGAAUAGGAGUUGGGGUGAAUGUAACUGGAGGGGAAACCGGUGGAGGAGACAGACAAAGACAGCAGCACAGACUUACACCUCACCACCAACAAACAGCCUCGGACCUCCAUGACUUCCUCUCUGAACCAGAUCUGGGCUUAUCCACUCCCUCACACAUGCAGCACUUAAGCCAACCCCAGGCUCAUGCCCACCCUCAUGCCCACCACCAACAGCAAGCACACCCUCACCAUCAGAUGUCACACUCUCAAUUAGCCCACCAACACUCCCACCAGAUGGCAGCAGAUAUGGGAACACCCCAACAACAGCAGCAGCCCCAACAGAGAGAGCCUGAAACUCAGCUGUCGCACUCCCAGCUAGACCAGCUCAAGCAGCCCCAGUUUGACACCAUGAGUCCAGUGGGUAAACUGGGGCAGAAUCAAGCUCAGCAACAGCAGCAACAACAGCAACAGCAACAACAGCAAAGGUUUGCCCCUCUUUCAUCAAUCUGCUUUCCAGAGUCUCUCUUACAUGACGAAGACCGCUCUUUCUUUCCCGAGAUGGAUGACAUGUUUUGUUCAGCUGAUUACAAGUCAAGCUGUGCUGGGGACUCUGGGGCAGGACAAGGUGCUCAGGAAGGUCUUGCCCAAGGUCAUGGACCGGGGCAAGAGGGCCUGGAGGUCUUAAAAAGAGGAGGUGCUGGAGAAAGCUAUGAUAUGGUAGGACAUCACAGUGAUCAAGGCUAUGGACAGUACUGCCAUGGCCUUACAGGAACAGGAAAUGGAAAUAUGCACUUAGAUCUGGACUCUAUGAAGACCCAUGAGCUUCCAUCUACUGUGAAUACAGACCAGCUAGGUCUCAUCCAAUCCCAAACUCCCAGUAUGGGUAUGACCUCAGCAGUUCAAGGGGAUGGUUCAGUCAACAAGAUGAUGGGAGCUGUGGGAGUAGGUGGAGGUUCAAGCACCCCAGGACUGACGUCACCAAUAUUUUGUUCCUCUCGACCCAAGAAGCUGCUGAAGACGAGCUCAUUUCACCUGCUCAAACAGCGUCGAGAGCCGCAGCCACAGACAAAGAAGAACUAUGCCCAGGAGUACGAAUUUGAGGACGAUGAGGAUAAAGCUGAUGUUCCAGCUGACAUUCGUCUCAAUAGUCGCCGCCUUCCUGAUCUGCUCCCAGACUUGGUGUCUAGUUGUAGGAAGGGUGGUGGGGCAAUGGGAGUAAGUGGGCUCAGCCCACUAAUGGGUGACAUGGACUUCUGCCAGCCUGGAUACUCUUCCUUUGGACAUCCACCACAACAUCCUCCCAUUGAUGGCCCAAAGAAAAGAGGCAGAAAACCAACCAAACCAAAACGUGAAGGCCCUCCUCGACCACGAGGUAGACCACGAAUACGUCCCCUCCCAGAGCCGCCUUACUGCAGGGGGCUGAUGGGAUCAGUGCCUGGUGAAAGUAGAAGGGGUCGUGGGCGGGGCCGCGGGCGAGGCAGGAGGGAUGAAGGACUUGUGGAAAUGCAUCAAGAUAUAAAUAAAGCACAAAGCCUUCCAUACCAUCAUCAUCAACAGAAUCAACAGCUGAGCCAACAGCAGCAUCUCCAACAGCAUCCACACCAACAACACAGACUGCAGGCUGACCACCACCAAGCAGCCCCACAGCAGCACCACCUGCACCAUCAACAGCAGCAUGUUUCGUGUGCUCAGCACCAACCGCUUCAUCAACAGCAGCAACAUCAACCACACCAUCUUCAACAACAAGAGCAACAGCAGCCAUCCCAGCAGCUGCAACAAGACCCAAUCCGUCCGAUCAAGGUAAUGGUGGACGAAAGUUCCAGAAUCUCUUACUAAGAAUUAUAGAGUCAUAGUGAAAAGGUCGAAAUAAUAAUGAGAAAUGAGCGUGUUUAGUUUACUAAAUGGUUAAACAUCACAACCCUCAUUAGCACUGGUCCUUGUGUUGUACUAAGGUGCUAGCCUGCUCCACCACCCAGAUGUAAACAGGCACAGAUGACGGAUGACAUCUUGUAGUACAGAAUGAUUCAUUGGUAUUUUGAAAUAUUGACUUUCGCCUGGACGAAAUAUUGAUUUUGUUUGUUGGCUGAUACUGAUCCAGGAUGAAGUUACACCUGUUCUAGGUUUGGGCAUACCGGGACCUCUUAUUGGCUGCCAGGAUCCUUUCCUAUUCUCUCCAUAUUACAUUUUCUCUGAGGGAUUUAUAUAAAGCACCUAAAAUAUUUUACUUAUGGCAUAUUACAUGAUAGUUAAAUCCUUUUGAGUUACAAGAGUAACAACUUUUAUACACCCUUAAAGAAAAUUGGAUUAGAGCAGGGUGAUGCAGAGGUUCUUUGUUUUUGUGCCACACAUCAGUAGAUUGUGCAGUUAGAGUACUACAUGGUGUGAAAAUUAACGUAAUCUUCUAGUUCUUCUUUUAAAUAAUGAUUAACUAAUACUGGCUGCAGGAUACACAUGCCACCAAGACAGAGUUGUGUUUCAAACCUGUGCAGAAAUAGGAAAUAUGUUAUUCUGGAUUGCCUCCAAAAAUUUAAGUUAAGACUUACUCCACAGACUCUACGAACAGUAUCUACAGUCAGUAGUUUUGUGGUAUUGCUGUUGGUCUUGUCUUUUAUUAAUUUAAUGUUGCACACAGCAACAUAGACCCAAAUGUGUCAUAUUUCUAUACAGUAUAUGUGUGUAUGUGUAAGGACUCCUGCUGCUAAUGCUUAGGAGUCUGCCCACGCUGCGUCUCGAUGUUUGUGGCCACAGUGUGAGAUACAUUUCUCUCUGCCAGCUCUGGCGUGACCACAAAUUAGAUCAGUCUCAGAGCAAAACUGAACCAAAUAUUCAUGCUUAGCAUUGUGGACCGCUGUAAUAAAUCUCUGCAAAACUACCCCUGAGCCUGAGGGGGUUUAAUACAAAGAGCAUCAGUGACUUUGAGAGUCAGUAACUUGUGCAUUUUUGUUUUUUUUAUGCUCAAUGUCUUAAUGCAUCCACUGUCUCUGUCCUCUCUCAGAUCAAACUGCCCUCCAUACUUCCAUCAGAGUCCUUAUUAAGGACGGACUCACUGUCCAGCACAGAUCCAGUUCUGUCUGAUGGAUCAGUGGGAUCCGCACCAACUCUGGGUCUCAGUCCUGGGCCCAGCACAGCCAUGGACAUAAGCAGAACUGAUCUGAAUCAAACUCAAGACAAGAUGAUGAAGCUUCAGCAGAAAGCUGGAGAGGUAAGACACAAGAGUUGGUAUUUAUGAAGCGAUUUCUGUUCAGCUCUGUCUGCUCAUUGGCUGUACCGACAAAGACCCUUUAAGAGGUUUCUUCCUGACAAUUCCUGAGUUUGUUAAACCGAUUUCCACCGAGGAUUUAUUUGACAUUACUUCAAAGGUUUGAAAGUUUGAAAGGUUGGCGAGCACCUUCUUUGGAUUCUUGCAGAUUUACCCUGAAGACUUGAAUGGACUGGCACUGUGGGAUGUGCGACCAAAGCUGAGAGUUUUCUCAUCUUCACAGUCACAUUAUACACAACAGCUUGAGGGGGAGUUGCUUUUUUACAGGGAGGGAGGGCAAAAUGACAAAUAUCAGAGAGCAGAGAUCCUUGGUCAAAGUCAAGUUAUCUGUAGAGUUGAGUUAUUAAUCCCAAAUGCAAUAAGACCUAAGCCUUUGUAAAUGAUAACCACCUUAGAGAGGCAUGGAUCAUUUUGGCAUAUAAACAACAUACUGUAAAGCAAAUUUUCAGGUCUUCAUUUGGAGAAGAAAGAAACAGUCGUUCACUUUUAGCCUGCUCUGUUUGAUGAGCUUAAAUGUAAACCUUUCAGAAUGAAUGGAUGUACUGUGAAAAAUGUCCCUUUACCCAGACUUUACAUCAAAACCCUGACAAACUGCACCAGCCAACAGUACACUAUCUGCCUUUUGUAAUUGUUUGCAUCAGGGUAGUAGAGUAUUAUGGCAUCACAACAGUUUCCAUGCACUAGAGCUGCCCCAGCUAGUGUUGAGUGACUGCACUGCAACAUACAAACAACAUAUGAAUGGCAUUUUAGUGCUACGAUUAAGAUUAUAAUAAUAGUUAAUGUAACAGGCAAUAAAUUCUGUGCCGACUUAGGAAUAUAGGGACAUCCAGUACACAUCCUUAAGUAAAAUAUACUGCUUUGUUUAGAAGGUUCCUAAAUUUAAGAUAACAAGUGAUCAGUGAUUUACAACAACAAGUGAUUUAGAGUAGUUGUUUAAUAAAGGACCUUAAAACUUAAAAUAAAGGGGCUGCCACCUGGUGGCAAAUUAAUGCUACAACAAAAUACAGUUUGGCUGAGAUAUUUAUGGCUCACACAGGCAGCUCUAAUCACAUUUUGGAUCAAUUGUAUAGAGGAGACAGAAAGGGCGAUGCUGCUAUAUAACUGAUACAUUUCAGCACUUCUCAUUUUCCCCUGGAAUUUCCCAUCAGUCUUAUUGUUUGUGUUGACCACACCCUCUGCUCCAAUUUAAAAAUAAAAAAAUGUAGUUUUCUCAUAUAAUACAAGAAUACACAUAUACAGGAAUGAUUAACCUUUGUGGUUUAAUGAAAAUGUGGAUUCUAAAUAGUAAUGAACAAUCAGAAAUACAGUGCACGAUAGCAACUGGAGACACAAACGACCUCUGUGUUUCAUAUCUCACUGUGAAGCUUCUCAAAUCAUCCUCAGCCAGGUGUUCUCUCUUUAUGCCGCACAUUGUCUUCUUCAUUAAGCUGGGACUGAUGUUAAAGUGCUGAUUCAGCUGUUAGGAUGUUGGAUGGUGUUCACAUCUGUACGACUCAGCCUUUUGUAUAACUGCAAUUUAGAACAAUGCAGCAGGGCAGUGACCCUUGGAGCAGGGAAAGGAUUUGUUGGUCGAGUGUGGCUGUGGAUGUGUGGAGAACCAGACAUGUCAGACUAGACCGAGCUCUCCCUGAGAAUCUGCUGUGGUCUGUGGGUGGAAAGGAUCUGCUACUUCACACGAGAUGAUCAUCUCCCAGUUUAUGUUACCUUAGCUGUACUUUUUGUUUCUUAAAAUGUAAGAAGAGCUCUGAUACUGUCCUACUGAGCCAAGGGGAGGUUGGCGAUUGCUCCUCAAAAUUUUCAUUUUGAAAAUUUAAUAAGAAAGGACACAAAAAAGGCGUGAAUACCAACCUCAAUGCUACUAAAAUGUGCAUUUUUUGGCUCCUGCCUCAUGUUGAAAUGGUUUUAUAUGCAUAUGCUUUCUCUAAUAUACUGUAUACAAUUCAGGCGGGUACAUAUGUUCCUGAUUUUAUCUCCAAGGCGACCGGCCUCAGUGAACAUUUUGAAGGAGAAAACACGAUAAUUGAUGUAAAUCUGAAACAAACUUUAUGCCUCACUGUCUCUCUAUAAAGUUUGAUUUUACCGAAUAUUUUUUUCUCUGAUGUUCGCACAGAUGACGUGGAAAAAAGAAAUAGACGACCCUCUGAAUCCUGAAGACUGGGCUGCUGUGCAGAAACUCUCCAGUUCGGUAAGUUGGUACAAAAAACCAGCAAAGCCAGGAGCUUCAUAUAUAAUUCAUUCCUCAUCCAUUCAAACUGCAGCCUGUGGUGGAGAGAGCAACACAUCCUCCACCUUCUUCACACCUCAGCUGCCUGUAUACACUCCUGCCAAUAUACCUGCGUGAAAGGUGGUGUUUUACCUGUUGUCUGUUCAGAUUUAAUGAUAAAUGUAAAGUGACUGAUCCGUCUGACGUCAAACAGAAACAAAAAUUGCACAUUUCACUGGUGUUUUUGUGAUUUGAGGUUUGGAGAAAGGAGGUUAUAGUUGACUGACAGCCAGCUCUUUCUGACUGACAAAAGAGAGAGGAGAGAGAUGGCUGUUACCAGGGCAGCUGUUGCCACGGUUACUACAUUUUUUCAGAGCAGGACCAGUGCUGCCACCUGCCGCCAGAUUUUGAGUAUUACACUAAGAAUGCAGCAUCCAGGAUCUGUUUUUUAAUCGAUUCACUGCCUGAGUUCAGUUUAUAGAUAGAUUUAAAUUAGUGUAAAGAGUUUUAAUAUUUAAGAGGCUUAUGGAUUUGAUAGACACAUCAAUUUUCUCCUUUUAAAUGAGCAAAUAAAAAUGAUAAUGCUUUAACUGAUUUUGUCUGAAAUUGACUGCUCCAAUAUCGGACUUAAUCAUCUUUUACAGCAUUUUUUCUAUUAAUGCCUUUUUUCUCCUAAUCACAAUUUUGCAAUACUUGUUUAUUUCACCUUACUCUAAUAUGCUGAAGGCACCCUUAUUCAAUAGUCCAUCUAAAAUAAUAUUAAUCUAGUAGAGUAACUCUAAAUGAAUUAUUAUGAAUUAUUAAAAAUGUAAAAAUGACUCCUAAGAACUCUCCACAAUUAUUUCACUGCACUUCAGUAAUACGCUCCUGCUCUCUUCCAGGCUGAUGAUAAAUCCUUUGACUUCAAACCCGGCUUCAUGGCGUCUUUUCUGGACUUCCUGAAAACCGGGAAGAAACAGUCUGGACUUGACCUUGGACCUGAUGGAGGUCCUGAGGAGGAGGACCUGAACCCCUGCUCCUCUUUGAAGAGCUCCUCCCUCAGACCCUUACCCCCGCCUCCUCCUGCCCUCUCACCUUCUCCUCCUCAGCAGCCUCCAUCAUACAGCGAGGGGGCGCAGGGCGAAGGGUCGGACCUGAACCUCAGUGGCUGCCCAAGUCCCUGCAAGCCUCUGGAUGAGGAGCUGAAGAGGAACCUGGAGACGCUGCCGUCCUUCUCCUCUGAUGAGGAGGACUCAGUCAGUAAGAACCAAGACCUUCAGAAGAGCAUCUCCUCCGCCAUCUCUGCUCUCUACGACACGCCACACUCACUCGCUGCUGCCAUGGCAUCUGCCAUGGCUAAAGCUCCGCCAACACCAUCCCCACCCACCCCACAGGAGCAACCCCUCAACACCCCUCUCCCUGCCCUGCCCCCUCUCAUCCCCAGCAUGGAGGGUGAUGGUGAGGAGAAAGAGGAGGCCCUGACAUACUCUCAGGAGCAUCCCCAGGACAAGGAGGAGCAAAAGGACUCCCCCCUGCAGCUGGAGAGAGAAGAAGAGGAGGGUAGGGUUGUACAGAGAGAAGAGGAAGAAGAAGAAGAAGAAGCAGAGGUGGAAGAGGAGGAGGAAGGAGUAAAGAUAGCUAAUGAUGAGGAAAGCCUGAGGGAUGAACGGACUCUGCAGGAGGGAUCUCCAGAGGAACAGGAGCUUGAAGGAGAGGAAGAGGAGGAGGAAGAGGAGGAGGAGAGGUCCUCUGAACCACAGAUUGAGGAGGUUCCCAGGGUUCAAGGUAAAUGCAUGUUUGUUUUUGCCAGCCUGUCAUUAUUGGUCAUGUUCAUGAAGGGGGGUAUUUACAGAUUCUGAUGUCUGUGUAAGGUAUGAAAAAAAAACAGGUUACAGACCAGAUGUUUGAGGAAAGGGGAGAGUGGGGUAAGAUGAGACAUUUUUCAUAUUUCGGAUAACUACAUCAAGGCAAUCACAGUUUUGUCUCUAACGAGUGUAUCUGCAGAUAUUUCAUGAUGUUGUUCAUCCCUGCAAACCAACAGAAUGAGUGUAAACAUAACUGUUUUGAUAAUAAUGGGGGUAAGUCGACCUCAUGUUGUAGCUGAUAGACACCACAAUUGAUGUGUAAAACAAAUUUAAAAUAAUCUUUUUUGGUCUGAACACAAUUCUAAUAAAACUAAAUUCACUUUCAAAAGUGAAAAAAUGUCUAACCCCUUCACCCAUGUGCUUCUAACCUUCACAGACUCCAUGAAUUGAUGCCCAUCUCCUAAAUAUUUGGUCACAUUAUCAAUUUCUUUUACCGUUUCCAAGCAACAGGGGGUGGCUCAACUUACCCCACUCUCCCCUAUAUAUUAGGAGGUAUCUUUUUAAACGGAUAAGACAGGAUCCUGAACUUCCUCUGAUGCCAAAGUAACAGUACCAUGGUCACGGAUUUAAGCCUAAUUGCACCACAAACGAACAUCAACUAGUAAACAUCUGAACUAACGGUCAGGCUAAAACAUUAGCAUGCUCGUAUAAAUACUCUUUUAACAGAACAAUUGACGUUAGACGAGAAGAACGGGCCUGCUUAUUCAUAUUAGAGGCGAUUAUUAUGACACUAAUGUUUAUAUUUUUUCCAAUAACUAUCGAUACCUUCAGAUUUCCCUCAAAGCUCGGAGAAAAUUCCUGAAAGUUUAUGAAUUAAUCGGUUUUAGCAUUUCCGGUUAAGUUUUUUAAAAAUGGCGGAGACCGUAGAAUCCAGUUUCACAGAUUCCAAGGCGGUAUUGUGAAAUUAGAGGUUCUGUAGCACUUCAAGGAGCUAAGCUAGCAAAUGUCAGUUUAGCACACCUACGGGCCUACAGCAGAGUUUGAUAAACGUUAGCAACAAAACGAGCCGCAGCAAGAGUUAAUCUCAGUAAUUGACGAAAAAAGCCUCCCCCAUAAGACAUUAACUUCCACUCAUUCAUAAUUACACAGUCACUUUAGGAGCAAAAGCGGCAAAUGAAUUGAGGAAAUAGCCUUUUAGCUAGUUAUCAGCUUGUUAGCUAAGCAAACACACCGUCUAACAGUGUCUCCAGGUAGAUUCUGGCUCUACUCAUAUCAUUACAAUAACUUUAGCUGUAACUCCUUACGUUUAGCAGCGAUAAAGGUCAACAGGUGUACACUCUUUAUUUCUUUUGGUCUGUUUAGGAAAACUGGUUAAGAUAAUUAUGUGUCUUGAGUAAGUCUUUGGUGGAUCUUAAGGGAUCACAGCUUAUUUGAUGGAGGAGGAGUGGAGAUGUUAUUUCAGUUUUUUUUCCCCCUUUAUUCAUGGUUUUUUCCUUCUCUCUUUGUCUUUCAGAGUCUCCAUCAGAACCUGCCCCAGUCCCGGCACCUCCAUCCCCAUCUCCGUCCAUCUCCCCCUCACCUCCCACCUACUCCUCACCCUCACCCCUCCCUCCCAUGUGUCACUCUGUACCCUCCCCUCUGCCGAUCCAGCAGGAAGAGGAGGAGGUGAACCAAACACACCCGCCCUCCGAGCAGCAGAGGCUGCAGCAGUCCUCCUACCAACCAGCUCCAACUGCAGGCACCUCCCCUCCACCUUCCACCUCCCCUCCAGCCACUCUAUCCUCACCCCUCUCCAACCUCCCCUUGGCUCAGUCUGUCCCCCCUCCAUCUACCACACCUCCCCCUUCAUCCUCUGAUCAGGAUCAGGAGCCUGAAGCUGGACAGCUUUCCCCCUCCUCACCCUCCGCCUCCUCUUCACCUUCUUCAUCAUCCUCACCACCACCCUCACCCCCUACCCCAGAGGAGGCCCCUGCAUCCCAGCGCCUCACCUCCUUACACCUGGCAAAGAAGCAGGCGGAUGCUGCCAUCGCUGGGGAGAGCGAGGAGGAGGAUAGCGAGAGCGGAGGUGAAGGGAUCUUCCGUGAACGUGACGAGUUCGUGGUUCGAACGGAGGACAUUGGGACUCUAAAGGUAAGUACGUCAACACAGGUAUGUGAGGUGAAUAAAAAUAUUCCCCUUUGUGACUUACACUGUUUUUGUGUGCCAACAGAUGGCCUUGCAGACAGGCCGGGAGCCCCCACCCAUCUGGAGGGUGCAGAAGGCCUUACUCCAGAAGUUCAGCCCGGAGAUUAAAGAUGGUCAGAGGCAGUUCUGUGCGACCAGUAAUGUGAGUGUAACAGCAGACACACCUUCAGCCGAGGAAUCGACCUUAACCCUGCUGUAGAUUUUUAUGUGUCCUUAUAUUUAAACUUUACCUAUAUUUUUAUGUCCUUCUCCAUGUCUCCCCUCAGUAUCUGGGCUACUUUGGUGAUGCAAAGAUGCGUUACCAGCGCCUGUAUGUGAAGUUCUUGGAGAACGUCAACAAGAAGGAUUAUGUGAGGGUGUGUUCCCGAAAGCCCUGGCACAGAGCCGGUCUCACCCUGAGGUAAGGUUGAUUUAUUUCUGUUUUGGAGCAGCGGUGUGUGUGCGCAUGGCAAGCCAAAACACACGCAGUAAAAUCAGCCAAAUCAUUUUCAAACAACUUCCUGUCCAUGCGCACACGUUUAAUUCACUCUUUCUCUUUGUUUGGUAAUUUCCUGAUGAACAGGCGACAGUCUCUGCCCAAACAGCUGCCCACCAUCCACAGCCAGACCCCUCCUCGACUGGAGAGAGACGACAGAGACAAGGAGAGGCAGAAAGAGAGGGAGCUGAAGGAGCAGAGAGACAGAGAGAAGGAACAAAGAGAGAGGGAGCACCGGGAGAAAGUGGAGAAAGAGAAUAAGGAGAAAGAAAGGAGGGAAAAAGAGGAGAAGGAGCAAAGAGAGAGGAAGGAGAAAGAGGAGAGGGAGCAGAGAGAGAAGGAGAGAAAAGAGAAAGAGGAGAGGGAGAGGUGGGAGAAAGAGGAACGGGAGCAGAGAGAGAGGGAGAAGGAGAGGAAGGAGAAAGAGGAGAGGGAGCAGAGAGAAAGGGAGCGGAGGGACAAAGAGGAGAGGGAGAGAAGAGAGAGGGAGCGGAGGGAGAAAGAGGAGAGGGAAAGGAGAGAGAAGGAUAAGAGGGAGAAAGAGGAGAGGGAGCAAAAAGAGAAGGAAAAAGCGGAGAGGGAGCGGAGGGAGAAAGAGGAGAGGGAGCAAAAAGAGAGGGAGAGGAGAGAGAGGGAGAAAGAGGAGAGAGAAAAGAGGGAGAGGAGGGAGAAAGAGGACAGAGAACGAAAGGAGAGAGAGUACAGAGAAAGGGAGAAGGAACUGGAGAGAGAGAAGGAGAGGGAGAGGAGAGAAAAAGAGCAGAGGGAAAGGGAGAGACGGGAGUACGAGAGGGAGGUACGAGAGAGGGAGCAAAAAGAGAGGGAUAGAAGGAGCAGGGAGCAGAAAGAGAAACAGGAGAGAGACCGUAAAGAAAGGGAGAGACAGGAGAGAGAACAAAAGCAGAGAGAACGACAAGAGAGGGAGCAGAAACAGAGGGAGAGGGAGCGCAAAGAGAGGGAGCAGAGAGACAGGGAGAGGCAGGAGAGGGAGCAGAAAGAAAAAGAGAGAAAGGAGAGGGAGCAAACGGAGAGAGAGAGGCAGGAGAGAGAGCAACGGGAGAGGGAGAGGAGAGAGAAGGAAAGGGAAAAGAGAGAGAGGGAGCGGAGAGAUAAGGAGAAACAGGAGAGGGAGUGGAGGGAGAAGGAGUGGGAGCAGAGAGACAGAGAGCGAAAGGAGCGGGAAAGAGAGAGGGAGAGGAGGGAGAGAGAGAGGAGAGAUGGAGGAGUGGAGCUAUCAAGGUUGAAGGAGGAGAAAAGAGGAGAAGAUAAGAGGAUGGAGCGCCAGUCUCAGGCUAAGACGUCAAAGGACAAGGCGGAGCCUCCUCCAAAGAAGAGGAAAAAGUGGCUGAAGGAGGUGCCAUCCUCCUCCUCAGAGUCAGACUCCUCCCCUCCGAGUGAGGACGAAGGUCAGCUCCUCUUCCUCUGUGUGUGUGUGUGUUCAUAUAUGAUUGAAUGUGCGUGUGCUGGUGUGUUCAGGUGUCGAGUUUUAGCUCCUCUGUGUACUGCAGGUCCUCCGAGGGGGGGAAUUAACAGCCGAGCCAUGCGUGAGAUGUUCAGGAGCUACGUGGAGAUGUUGGUCAGCACGGCGCUCGACCCUGACAUGAUCCAGGCGCUGCAGGACACUGACGGUGAGCAUCGUUUCCCUUCAGAUUAUCACACUGGCUGGUUUAAUUCAGCAUCAGAGAACAGGUGGAAAAAUGCCAAAAACUGCAGCUCCUUUAGCGUCCUCUAGAGGCUGGUUUCAAAUGUGAGUCAGUAUGCAUGAGCUGGAGAUGUUCUUGCUUUCACAUAUGUAACAUGAGAGUAAUUGUGAAUGUACAAGACUACCUCAUUGGUGCACACUCCACUAAAACUGUGUAACCAACCAAAAACCAAAAAGUGACUAAAAUGUGGUGAUUCAAAAGUAAGAUAAAAAUAUAUUUUUCUUUUUUGUCCACCUCCUCAGAUGAGCUGUACCUCCCACCCAUGAGGAAGAUUGACAGCCUGCUCAGCGAGCAGAAGAAGAGGCUGCUGAGGAGGGUCAACAUGAGCGCUCAGCACCAGGUGAACCUGUUCAUCCUUCUGCUUAAACACACUUUAAAUUACAGUCUGUAUGAAGGUGAUUGUUUCUAAUACAUACUGCGGUAGAAAAGUAAAACAGAACUUCUUCCUCAUCUCUCCAGGAGUCUCUUCAUAUCUUCCCCAAAAUGACUGCAGACCCUCUGGAAUCUGGAGGGGUCAAAGUUCACCUGGGUGGGGAGUUUUACAACCGUAAAACCCUCAACAGGGUCAAGAAGAGCAUUCCCAAACAACAGGUAGGAAAGAGUAAAGUGGUCUCUACAGAUAAUUCGUUUUUCAGAUGAAUUAUCUUUGAAUAUAAAUCAGGAUACUCAGAUAUUUGAUCUGUCACCUGCUCUACAAUGAAAAAAGUUUGUAGUUAUCUUUGCAUGUACCUGACUCUGUUUGAGGAGGAAUACAAAUUUAGUCUGACUUUUCUCAUCAACAUUUCCAGGAUCUGAAACUGUCCAUAGAAACCUGCCGGAUCUACAGUCUGUAUCACUCCCUCCAUCACUACAAGUAUCACACCUUCCUGCACUGCAAGAAGGAGGUAAACUCAAGUCUUACGUUUUUAUCUGAUUUGAUCUGUCUGCUCCAUCAGGUAUUAAUCAUGACUUUCUCUAGAUGUUGAAGAUUAGAUACAAUCAGAGGAGAUUGGCGUUACUGAUGCUAAAGGAAAUUCAAGAGAAGUCAGGUUAUCUUCAUUUCGCAGAGGCUCUUAAAUCAGGUUUAGUGUUGAUGUUUCACUUCACAUUCAGAGGAGCUUCUGCUUUAAAAGUUUAGAGUUAAACACCUCAAAUGUAUGUCCAACAAAGACCCCACAUAAAUGUCAAAAAAGUUCAGUAAUAGCAGUUAAGGUGGUUUAAACACAUCUACAUAUGAAAUCGGAUAUUUUUUAUUCAAAUACGAUCAGAUUGUGAGUGAAAUACGCUGUAAAAGAUGAUUCUAAAAAGCAGAAUCUGGUGGUUUGUAACUCAUGUAAGCCCUCUUCUUAAAGAGUACCCUGUUAGGAAACCAAGAGGACCAGUUUCUGGGGUUUGUAAGGUGAAAGUAGUCCUACUCUUGUUUAAAAUAGGAUUUCAGCUAAAGUUUUCAGUUUUGAUGUUUGAUAUGUCAUCUUUUACAGUUAAGAAUGUUAAGUUUAAAGGAUUUGCAGACCAUCGACAUAUUUUUAAUCAACAUUUUAAACAGUUUUUCAUCCACUGGCAGUUUUGGGAAGCUGCGGUAUAGCUUCUCAGGCAUAACGAACCACCGUACGGCCCUACAGAUGAAGAGGGAGAAAGUCAGAAUGAGAGAAUAAAGGAGAGGAGAGUGGUGGGUUUGAAUUUAUAGAAGUACAAGAGGAGGCGUGGGUGAGGUGUGGUUCUGCUCCUGAAAUCUGCCAUAAAGCACCACCUACUAGAACUAUAAAGGUUGUGUAGAAUAAGUAGGAAAAUGUCAGAUUUUUUGGUCAAUUUGUUCUUUUAUCACUUUGACCACAGGGGGCGCCAGUGUCAACUCAAACUUAAAGUUCCUCACAGCAGCUUUAAUACUCAGUCAUAGUUAUGGGUGUACUUCAUUUUACUGAAUUUUGUAAACAUAGAAUCGAGUUUUAGUGAGUUAUUGUGGUUGUAUCCUCUGCAGACGGACAGUAUCGAGCAGGCGGCGGAGGACCCGGGUCAGGAGGAGGUGGUGCAGCAGUGCAUGGCGAACCAGAGCUGGUUGGAGAGUCUGUUUAACUCCUUCAUGGAGCUGCUGAGCCUCAGCGCGAAGGCCUGAAGACUGACCCGGGUAACAGACACACAUCCAGCUGCAGGGUCACCUAGACCUUACCGAGAGGCUUCAGAUUAAAGAUCAGACACCUGCAGAGAGAAAUUCUCAGCCGGUUCUUUUCUGGACAUUUAACAUUUAAAGUAUUUGUUUUAUUACUGAGUCCGUUUUAAAGGAGCUGAACAAACCGAGAGACGGGGGGCGUUGUGAAACUACGUGAAUGUGACAAAGACAAAGAAAGGGACCACAGACACUGACAGACACUCAGAGGCUGUCUAUAAGUAUGUAAUAAACUCUGGUUUGUAUAAUUUAUAUACGGGGACGUUUCUAAAGAGGACCGUCCUCAAACUGGUUCUUUGCUCUUAUUUUAUUUAAAGCAGUGUUCAUGAAAUGCAACCCUGCAGACUUUUCUUCUAUCAGACAGAGGUCCAAACGACACAGACUAUGUGAUAGUUUGUGUUUCCGCCUCAGUCUGCAGCAGGUAAGAGGAGCUCACAUGUAUUUAAACUAAACUGUGUUCUUUCUGUUUGUUCUUCUGAAGACCAUGAGAGACAGAGAGAGAAAAAAUAAUAAUAAUAAUAAUAAAGCUCCACUUUCUGAGAGGAAGUGAGGAGAGGAGAGACGACCUGAAAGCAUCCAUGUCAGUGUUAAUGUCAUUUUUAUCUGUUAGCUGUUGAUGAUAUUUGCGAUUAUUCGACCUCUCAGAGGAGAUUUCUUUGACGUGUAAAUACUGUACAGUUAUUUCAUUCUCUAGUCCCCCGUUGCUCUUCUGUACAUGAAAUUCCUGUAUUUGACAUAAUGAAAUAAAACUGUUCAAAGGACAAAUGUGAUAAUAAAAACCAACCCAG